CUAAGCGUUGUUUCUGUUUUGUUAGGAGCGGAGCGAAUAGAGAUGGAGAAGAGAGUGUUAUUAGGGGUGCUAAAGAAGAACAAUCCCAUCAAGAAAAACAAGAAAAGGUUCCUCAAGAAAGUUGUGGGCUAUCUGGACUCUGAUUCUUGCAUGUUUGCGCCUCUAAUCUCUACCCCUCAUACUGAUUUUCUUGCAUCAAAAUCCAGCUCUUCUUCUACUGCAGGACAUUCUAGGUUAAUUAAAAAGAUUACUGUGGAAGUGUCAACCAGGAAAUUACCAAGGAAGGAUAAUCAACCAACUGUUGAGACAUCAAAUGUAACAGUACAAGACCAAUUCUCUGAGCUUCCUAAAAAAGGCAUUUCUGGCCAGCAGAAAUUUGUGCACAAGGAAUCUGUGAAGCACAUAGCCGUUAAUAUUUGCCAUGCUAUUGAAGACAGACGGAAGUUUUUAUUGGGAAUCACUUGGAAAAAGUUGGAAACUGCAAAGAUUAUCAGUGGCGGUGACAGUUUACGAAGAUUAGACUGCAUAAAGUGCUUCCCCCCUGUACGGGGGCCACCUGAAUCAGUAUGAGAAACUUGAAAUGCCAUCUGAGUUGAUUAUACCUAGUAUGGGCAGGAUUGCAUAAUUGUGUGCAUAAUUGUGUGCUGGCAUCUGACUCGAUGAGAAACAAACAACAUUGUUUUUAUCCGACAUCAAUUAUAGAAAUCUCAACACUGUUUGUAUUUUUCCUAGUUUGUGUUGUCUAUAUCAUGAAUGAACUAUAUGACAUUUCAUGAUUAUAACUGCAGGUUGUCGUGUUAGGCAAUGUACGAUUGAAAUUAAAUGUUUGACUUGUCAGUUUCAGAAAGUAAAUUAUCUCAACUUUCUUCC